AUGGAUAAUCCGACCCUGCCCGAACUCUCUAACACAACUUCACCUCCGGCUCUGGCUCCACCUCAGGCUCUGGAUCCACCCGAGGCUGUAUCUCCUUCUACUACUCUUGGCUUGGCUCUGCAUCCAGUUCCAGCUCAGGAAAUAGCUCCUGCUUCGGCACCACACCCUGACCCGACCCGAAAUCCAGCUCCGAUUCCGGACCCUACUCCACUUCCGGCUCCGCCUGCCUCUACUACUCCACGCCUUCCAGAGCACUUUAUGUGCAAGAAUCGUCUGCAAGAAUACACCCAAAGAGCAUCCUUACGGCUUCCAGUAUAUCAAACUUUUAAUGAAGGAUCCUCACAUGCACCGAGGUUUAGAUCGACUGUGUGGGUAGAUGGAGCACAAUAUACCUCUCCAAACACUUUCUCACAUCGAAAAGCAGCUGAACAAGAUGUGGCAAAGCUCGCACUUGAGAGUAUUCUAAAAAGAGUAAAGGAUGAAGGAUGUCCGCUUCUACAGGAGGACACAGUGUUCUGCAAAUCCAUUCUGAAUGAAUUUGCGGUGAAGAUGAAUCUCAAAAUGCCUACUUAUAACACUGUUCAGCCACCAGGGUUGCUGCCUGUGUUUGUGUCUACUUUGGUUUUCAAUGGUGUGAGUUACACUGGUAAUACUGGCAGAAACAAGAAAGAAGCUGAACAAUUGGCAGCACGUACUGUGAUCCUCUCACUUCUAGGUACCCUUAGCUUGGUAUUACAGAUGUUUUGUAUUUCCCUUUUGUGUAUAUCAUGUGUGUUGUUGACUAAUUCAAACUGUGAAACAGAUGAUUCUGGGUCAUCAAAAAUUCUUUAUGAAAUAAUCAAGUCUAAAAGCAAACUCUAUGCCGCAUUGGAUAGGGUCAAGGACCCAAGCCAUUCCCAACCCAACAUUGUGCCUAUGGGAGUAAAAGUUGAAUCUUGUUCUGAGACCACAGUCCGUCAAGAGCAAGAGGUUAGAACUGCUAUUGUUAGGGAUGCUGCAUCAGUUAGUGCAAGUUCACCUGCAGCUUCAGGAGUGCAUCCACCCCACCAUGAGUUAAAGAGAUCGAGAACAGAUUCAGCUUCUGAACCGAUUCCUGUUCCUAUUGCAUUUGUGCAUCCUGUUUCAGAACAGCCUCUGGACAUUGAUGUUGGUUCUAGCUCAGCCAAAAAGAGGAGGAAGAACAAGAAAAAAGCUAGCAAAAAUGUGAACACUGAUGCCCAGUAA